AUGAUUGUAUCGAAGUAAAAUUUUAAUUGGAGUUUUUUUAGUUUGAUAUCAGGAUUUGGACUUUUUUUAGAAAAAUUAACAAUAAUUAUUAAAUUAAUGGGAAUUUAACAUAGUUGUUAUAUGAGAGAGUGUUCAAAUAUGGGAUAAAAUCAUGAUUCUGAAGUGCAGGUGAUCUAGAGUUAAUAGAAUUUAAAUCUAAAACGUCAAUUAACAAUUGAAAACUAAACAUUAAAGACAACAUAGAAAGAAACAAUUUAAUUUAUUGAUAUAGAUAACUCAUUGGAAAUGUUGGAUGAGAAUUAAUCAAGUAAUUUAGAAAACAAUCCAGUACCAGCAUUUGUCUAAAAUAAAUAAUUGCAUCAAUUUAUGAUUCCAAAGAGGGAAAAUCGAUUUAUGUAAGAUAUUGAGUGUGAAGUUAAAGCUAAGAUAUAGAAAAUGUAAUUAUUUAAAAAAAAUAAUAGAUAAAUGUAGGAAAAAUUUGAAGCUUUGUAAUCUUUUUAUUCUGAAUAAAAUCAUUAAUAAUAUCCAUCAAAAUCUUAAGAGUGUUCUUCCAAAUUUCCAAACUAAAAUGAAACAAAUAGCAAUUUGAAUUGGAACCAUAGUUCAUGUUUAGGGAUUGAAAAAUUAUAAAGUACUUAAUUAGAAUGUAUUACUGUACCACAAAAAGAGACGAGAGGAAUAUUAAAAAGUGAUUCAUAAUAAAAAUAAUCUUAAUCUGCAGAUGCAAAAUCUGGGAAAGAAACUAAUAAGAAAAGAAGAGUUCACUUUUCUUAGGAUACAAAAUUCAAGAGUGAGGAUACUUAGUUAUUUUUUAAAUGGAGAAACUUAAGAAAUAUUUGA